AUGGGGGUAGGGGACAGUGACAGGAAAUGGGACUGGCUACGUGCACAUGUGCAACCGUGGGUGCUGGAGCCAGCUGUAGGUGUAUGCUCAGUGGCCAUCUGGAUUUCAGGAUCAAGUCAUCCUGGAGGUAAGGAUGGGGUAGGACUCAAGCUGUCGGAGUCUUUGAAAGGAAAGACAUGCAGGACACUUAGUGACAAAGGCUGUGGAGAAUCUGAAGCUGCUGAACUGUCUGUUGGUUUCCUCAGUGGUGAAAGCUUCCAGGAUCCUCUGUGGAGUAAGCCAUUGGGCAUUGGGUAUGUCCUCCUCCACAGUCAGAUGGUGUUGCAGUGGACUUUCUACAUGGGCCUGGAAAUUCCAGCAUUUUUUGUGAAAGAUCACAUCUUUUCCUUCAGGUUCACCAACAAUAUAGGACCCAGAAACAAAACAGAUGUUUCAGAAUUUCUUCUCAUGAGACUGACAGAUGAUCCAGAACUGAAGACCAGCCUCUUCAGCCUGUUCCUGCCCAUGUACCUGGUCACCGUCCUGGGAAACAUGCUCAUCAUCCUGGCUGUCAUCUCUGACUCCCGUCUCCACACACCCAUGUAUUUCUUUCUCUCCAAUCUGUCCUUUACUGACAUUUGUUUAAGCACAACUAUGAUCCCAAAGAUGCUGGUGAACAUCCAAGCACAGAAUCAGAGCAUCACUUAUGCAGGCUGCCUUAGCCAAAUUUGCUUUGUCCUGAAUUUUGUCCUUUGCGAAAAUUUUCUCCUUUCCAUAAUGGCCUAUGACCGCUAUGUGGCCAUUUGUCACCCCCUGACGUACGCACUUAUUAUGACCCCCCGAUUCUGUGGGCUGCUGACCUUACUUUCGCUGGGCAUUAGCAUAGGGGAUGCCUUGCUCCACAGUCUGAUGGUGUUGCGGCUGUCCUUCUGCACAGACAUGGAAAUCCCCCUUUUCUUCUGUGAAGUUGUUCAGGUCAUCAAGCUUGCAUGUUCUGAUACCCUCAUCAAUAACAUCCUGAUAUACUUUGCAGCUAGCAUAUUUGGUGGUGUUCCCCUUUUUGGAAUCAUUUUCUCAUAUAUUCAAAUUGUUUCCUCUAUUUUGAGAAUGUCAGUGUCAGGCAGAAAGUAUAAAGCUUUUUCCACUUGUGGGUCUCACCUCUCAGUUGUUACCUUGUUCUACGGGACAGCUUUUGGAGUAUAUAUUAGUUCUGCAGUGACAAACUCUUCCAGGAAGACUACAGUGGCUUCAAUGAUGUACACUGUGGUCACUACCAUGAUGAAUCCCUUCAUCUACAGCCUGAGGAACACAGACAUGAAGGGGGCCUUGGGGAGGCUCAUUGGUAGGAUCUUUUCUUUUCUGUGA